AUGAAUACAACAGCUUGUAGCUUAACAUUUGCCGAGUACAAGCAACACAAUGGGAUUGCCACUAGUACGUUCGUCCUGGUGCCUUUAGCUGUUGUGUGUUCUGUGAUAACUGCCUUUACAAUUGUCGUCAACUUGAUGCUGAUCAUCGCCCUCGUCAGAUCCAGACGUCAGGAGACGAGACAGGCUCCUGGUAAACAUGGAAUAACGCAGAUGUUGAUGACGUCCAUGGCGGUUUCUGAUUUCAUCUUUGGUGUUUUUCUCAUGCCGCUUGGGGUUUCAGAAAUCAUCAGCAACGGUCAUUGGAAGUACGGGCAGAAUUUAUGCUAUGUUAGAAUAUCUUUCAUUAACAUUUUAUGCGCCGUGUCAAUUUUCCAUGUGAACUGCCUAGCACUGGAUAAACUGUUGGCCGUGUACAAGCCGAUGUGGUAUCGAAUGAGGACCGUCAGGACGGGUUAUGUAAUGGUCUCUGUUUCUUGGCUGCUUCCAGUAGUGUUACUCUUCUACACCCUGCCCGCGAUGUUAAACCUGUUGGGACCCUUGAAUACGUCAGUGUAUUCGUUAGUACUGUUCUUCUUUGUACUAGCGUUUUAUGUUCCUUGUAUGCUAGCCUAUGUGUUGUAUGCGGCUGUACUUCUGAAGGUUAUAAAGUAUAACAGGAAUAAUUUCAAACCAAAAUUAGCAGUAAAAAGCUCUUCUUUUGGUACUAAUUCAAUCAACAUCGAAGAAAUUUCAAAGAUCUGCACCUCGAAUGUGAUAUCAGACUCUGUUUCAAAUAUAUCAACAAACGAAGUAAAUUCAACCAUUCGGCAAUGUGACGAAAUUAACCUACGCACAAACCAAAGUUUAACUGAAGUUCAAGGUAAGAGAAGUGGCAAGGCCAUUUACACCAUUGGUUCCUUGGUGAUUUGUUUCACCAUCUGUUGGCUGCCAUUUUGGAUAGGGCCGCCAUUCUUGACAGAAGAUCAGCUGCCAUUUUGGUUCUCCGUACUUGGCUACUGGGUGGGUUACUGUAACUCGGCCUUGAACCCAGUGCUGUGCUGUUUCAAUAGGUCGGUCAGACAAGCUGUCAAGUCGUUUGUUCAGUCCGUCAUACAAGCUGUCAAUUCGUUUAUUCAAUCAAAAGCUCGUUCAAAGUGA